AGCCUCAGGGAACAAGAAUCCCCCAGGUCCCUGUUAAAUACUCUAAUUACAGGUUAGAUGCCUCUUUACCUCUCCUGCUCCAUGGUGCAAUCUGGUCUUUCAGAAUGUCAUGCAACGGUGCUGUUUAUCAUAAAAUAACUCCACUCCUUAAAUACUGACAAACCAGCACUCAUAUAUGUGCAGGCAUCACACAGCACUCUACUGCUUCUCCUUUUAUUGGUUCAGGUUUCUGCCAGUGAAUGAGUCUGCUAGUGGAGACAGACUAGGAACUGCAGCAGAAGAUACGAGCAAGGCAGUCAAAGCAGAGCCCCAAGAUGUGGUACCUCCUUGUGCUGCUCUGCUCCCAAGGAAUUGCCUUUUCAGCAGGAUUUACAACACUUUCCACUCUGAAUUCAGACACAAGCCAGUACAGGAAGACUUACAACCCUGAAUGCUUUAUGAACGUUAGUGAAAUCAUCAGAUAUCAUGGAUACCCCAGUGAGGAAUAUCAAGUUACCACAGAGGAUGGAUACAUUCUUGGUGUUUUCAGAAUUCCUGCUGGGAGGAACAGCCAAAAUACAGAGAAAAAGCCUGCAGUCUUGCUACACCAUGGUACUUUAGGAGAUUCUAUUCAUUGGAUUUCUAACCUGCCCAACAACAGCCUGGGCUUCAUCCUCGCAGAUGCCGGCUAUGACGUCUGGUUGGGAAACAGCAGAGGAAAUACCUGGUCUUUAAAACACAAGACCCUUAAGCCCUGCCAGAAAGAGUUCUGGCAGUUCAGCUUCGAUGAAAUAGGUAAAUACGAUAUUCCAGCGGAACUGUACUUCAUCAUGAAUAAAACUGGACAGAAGGAUGUAUACUAUGUUGGUCACUCUGAAGGCUCAACAGCAGGCUUCAUAGCAUUUUCUACUUAUCCUGAAUUGGCUCGAAGGGUUAAAGUGUUCUUUGCUUUGGGACCAGUAGCCACAAUCACAUAUGCCACCAGUCCUCUAGUAACAUUGACACAUCUUCCCCAGUCACUGAUCAGGUUACUACUUGGCUGCAAAGGAGCUCUUCAGCAAAAUGAACUGCUGAAACGGCCUCUAACACAGAUCUGCAGAUCCAUGGAAAAAGUUUGUGGCAAUAUCAUGUGCUACAUAGCUGGGACCAGGAUACAAAAUCUGAACAUGAGUCGAAUAGAUACAUACAUAGGACAUUAUCCUGCUGGAAUAUCAGUACAAAACUUUAUUCAUUGGCAUCAGCUAACACGUGCAGACCGAUUUCAAGCUUAUGACUAUGGCUCUAAGGAAAACAUGAAGAAAUACAACCAGUCUACUCCUCCUGCAUACAAGAUUGAGAAGAUAGGCAUACCAAUUGCUGUUUGGAGCGGUGGACGAGACAAAUUUGCAGAUCCAAAAGACAUGGCAAAACUACUUCCUCGGAUUGCUAAUCUCAUUUACCUUGAGCAUUUUCCUGCUUGGGGACAUCUUGAUUUCAUCUGGGGCCUUGAUGCAACUGAGAAAAUGUAUUGGAAAAUCAUUGAACUAAUAAGAAAACACCCUUAAAACUUCACACAGGGAAUUCAUUCAUCCAUUAAAAUUCCCAAAGAUUUCUAUUUAGCAGUAGAAUAAGGAUACAGGGAUUGGUAUGGGUGUUUACAAGUCACUGUCAAUUGGUUUGCAAUUUUCUUAUAUUGUUUUCUGUGGUGUUAUAUCAUUCUGGUGACUGCAGUCUCUCUGAGGAAGUUGAGGUACAUAGGGAUGAUCACCAAACAUACAAACAUAUUAGAAGGAACAUUUAAGUGAUCACCUAUUUUGGAAAAUUUUAGCUUUUAUAAGACUGAUUUUGCUACAACUAAGAUUUAAUUUUCACUUCCCUUGUAGAUAAAUACCACAUAUUUCAUCCGAGACAGAGGUGUUAUCCCAUGAAAACCCAAAACGGGAGAUACUAAUUUCUCUGUAGAAGUAGUAUUGAUCUUUUUAAAAUUAAAUCAUCUAUCCUCUUGA